AUGGUGAGCGCGCCCGAGCACCGAAGCGCCGCGAGCGCCGACGGCGUGGAGCGCUGGAGCGGCUUCGGCUCGGCUCGCGCGCUGCGGCUGACGAUGCAGGCCGCGCAGCCGCCCGAGGAGCGGCAGCCGGGUGACUUUGCGGAGCGCGCCAUGAAGGAUAUCAACCGAGUUGGGCCGAGCGACGCGCGGAAGAAGGCCAUCGAGGACAAGAUGCGGCAGCUGAGGGAGCAGGGUAAGGUCGCGUCCAACUCUAUCAUGACGGACUCGAUGGCCGAGCUCGGGGCCGCGAAAGAAGGCGAGAGCGGCUACAAGCCCAAGGUUGGGACGUGGGGCGUGUUCGAGCGGCCGGCCGACAUCUCGAAGGCGUACGGCGGCGGUAAGCGGGUCGGGCUCGGCGGGUACCAGGAGGACGAGGAGACGCGAGCGAAGAAGCGCGCCGAGACGGAGGAGCUGCUGCGGCAGUACCGCCGCUCGCGCGGGAUGGACCUAACGCUUGAGCUGGAGCAUGCCGACGAGAUCGCAGCCGCACAGGAGGAGGCUAGGCAGCUGAUGCGCUUCGGCGACCGGCGCGGCGCCAUCUCGCAGCUCGAGGCGGUGACUGAGUGGUGCACCUCAAACACGCCACUCGGCGGCUCGACGCUGCUCGAGCUGGCAAUCGCCCUCGAUGCAGACGGGCGGCGGGACGAGGCGCGCAAGCUCUUCGUCAAGCUCCAGUCCUCUGAGGACAAGAACACGCGCAAGGUGGAUGCGAGCGGGGCGGGCAGCGAGGCUGAGUACGCCAAGCUCGCCACGCCCACGCUGAUGGCGGCGCGCCAGUUCCGCACGUACUCGACCACCGACGGCGUCCCUCGCCUCUGCGCCGAGACCCGGCCGCCCGUCGAGUCGAUCUCGGAGGCGCGGAUGGUGCUGCGCACCGCGGCGGUGCGGCGCGACGCGGGGGGCGCUCCCCAGCGGGCCGGCCAGUCUCGCGAGAUUGCCCGAGGUUACCCGAGGUUGGCCGAGAUUGUAGGCACGCCCGAGCGGGUCGGCCAGUCGCUCGAGUUCCUGCGCACGCUGCGGCGCGAGGAGUGCGUGCGCGGCCGCGCCGCCGAGGCGCUCCCCUCGCUGCGCGGCGAGUGGCUGCUCGGCCUCACGGUCGGCGGUGACGGCAAGCCGAGCUUCGCGCCGCUGCAGGCGCAGAUGACGCUCGCCGCCGACGAGCGCUUCGAGCGGCGGCUCCCCGCGCUGCUCGGCGCCCUCGCGACUACGGUGGGCGGGUACGAGGUGCGCGACUCGAGCGACGGUGCGAAGCUGAUCGUAGAGUGGCGCGGCUCAGAGUGCCGCGCUGGCCCGCUGCCGCUGCCCGCCGAGAGCGGCACUGACGGCGUGCUCUACCUCGACUCGCUCAUGCUCGUGCUGCAGCGCCCGGAGCGUGCGCAGGUCUGGGUACGACCGACGAUGCGCGACGCGGCUGAUGCCACAGCGUCACCGUGA